AUGGCGCUCGGCGGGGUCGGUCGCGGCGGCGCGGCGCGGGCCGCCUGGCCGCGGCUGCUGGUGGCGGCGGCGGCGGCGGCGCUGGCGCUGGCGGGGCCGGCGCUGCCCGAGGUGCUGUUCCGCUGCCCGCCCUGCACGGCGGAGCGCCUGGCCGCCUGCCCCCCGGCCGCCCGCCCGCCCUGCCCCGAGCUGGUGCGGGAGCCGGGCUGCGGCUGCUGCCCGGUGUGCGCCCGCCUGGAGGCCGAGGCGUGCGGCGUCUACACGCCGCGCUGCGCCGCCGGCUUGCGCUGCUACCCCGACCCCGGCGCCGAGCUGCCCCUCCAAGCCCUGGUGCAGGGGCAGGGCACCUGCGCCCGCCGCCGCGACACGGCCGAGUACGGCGCCAGCGCCGAGCGCCCCGCAGAUAAUGGCGAUGACCGGUCUGAGAGCAUCCUUGCCGAGAACCACGUGGAUGGUACCACAGGGAUGCUGAGCGGAGCCGGUGGGAGGAAGCCCAUGAAGACGGGCAUGAAGGAGCUGGCGGUUAUGAGGGAGAAGGUGAACGAGCAGCAGCGGCAGAUGGGCAAAGUUGGCAAGCCCCAUCACAACCAUGAGGACUCGAAGAAGUCGAGGCUGUCGACGGGCAGGACCCCUUGUCAGCAGGAGCUGGAUCAGGUCCUGGAACGCAUCUCCACUAUGCGGCUGCCGGAUGAGCGAGGUCCCCUGGAGCACCUCUACUCCCUCCACAUCCCCAACUGCGACAAGCAUGGCUUGUACAAUCUCAAACAGUGCAAGAUGUCGGUGAAUGGGCAGCGUGGCGAGUGCUGGUGUGUGGACCCUAUCCACGGGAAGGUGAUCCAGGGUGCACCCACCAUCCGCGGGGAUCCUGAGUGCCACCUCUUCUACACAGCCCACGAGCAGGAGGACCGGGGUGCACAUGCCCUGCGGAGCCAGUAGAUGGACAUGAUCCUGCUCGCUGGAGGCAGCUCGCCGUGGCCCCAGUGCUGGAUUUUACAUGGGUUUCAGCAUGUCUCUUUAGGCUCUGGAAGAGACUGGGGUUGGGUCCUGUGUGCUGCCCUCCUUCCCCUGCUUCCCGGCUCCUGGGGAGGGGAGGGAUAAC